AUGGCAGAUUUGGAAAAUAGAGAGGUUUACGAUGAGAGCGAUAAAGAUGACAAACAUGAUAAGGAAGAUUUUGACGACGACGACUACGACGACGAUGAAGACCAUGACACUGCCCUGAAUGACGCUAUCAAGGACAUGGAGACCAGGUUCAACAAGCCAAAGCCAAGCCAACACGAUAUCGAUGAAUUCAUCAACCGACAUGGUGAUGUUGUAACACAGGCCUGGGAGACUCAUGGUUCAUUUCUGCAUGAGAUUAUCCUUAGAGUUUCGAAGAGAACCAAAUUUACCUGGGGUGAUCCAGACCAUAUCUCUUCCCUUGUCGAAACACUCGUCUCAAGAUACCCCCAUUUGCUCGAGGCGAAGAACGAAGAGAACCAGACGCCUUUGUACCAAGCAAUUCGGGCAAAGAAAUGGACUUAUAAAUUAGUCGACUCUAUCUUGGUUGGAAGCAAGGAUGAGCAUAUCCAGAAAGCACUAGAGUUCUCUUUCGGCGAGGGUCCGUCUUUGAAGACAUGCUUGACAACAGCGUUCGACACUCUGGGCGACCCGGGAACACCAGGGAAGGCCAAUACUCUGUCAAACUUGAUCUUCAGAUCAAGUAGUAAAGCACUAGCAAUGUGUGAUGGUACUGGCAAGUCCCCAUUUCAUUACGCAGUGCGGUAUAGCCAGUGCAGUGACGGACGAGUAGCUCUGAUCAAGAAACUACUCGAUAAAGAUAGUAAAACGGUGGAGGGUCUCAGAGCCGACUUCAAAAAUGAACCUUUGAAGACAUUCUUAGACAUUUACUACACUCGAAAAGAAGACGGGAUAGAAUACUCGGUUUAUACUGAGCAUGGAAGAACGAAAGUGGUGUUUCAAGCAGAAGAGGCACGAAAGGAGCAAGAGUUAAAGCCACAGGAGACUAUCGAUCGAAGUCGUCCAAGGUCUACAACCAUUAUUCUUCCCGCAAAGGACAAGGAUCCUCCAAAGUCUGGUUUCCGUGAGAAGAGUUAUAAGGGUUCUGAGGAUCGGGAACGUGGAGGAAAGAAGCCUGAUCGUGACCGGGACUCUCGCAAGCAACCUGAACCCGAAACCAUGACAGAAAAUGAGAGGAAGCGCCAGCAACUCAAAGAAGAAGAAAGACGACAACGAGAAGGUCUUCAAAACAAUGGUGAGAAUGAGUACCAGCAAGGCCUUUUGCAGCCCAAAGAUGCUGGACUCGGUGAUCAAGGAGACAAGAUCGAAGAGACAAUGUCAAAAAUCCGAACAUCUCAGCUGAAAACUUCGCAUGCACCUAACUCGCCAAUAAAAAGGGUUGCUACAGAAUCAAGGGGUGUUGAAACGGCCAAGAAGGGUAAAAAGAAAGUCAGUCCACCCAAGACACUAUCGUCAGAGGUGCUGGAGAAAAACUCGGAAAAGGUCCGCGAACUGCUCAAGCUCCACUAUAUGAGGACACGAAGCAUACGAGAGGUCACAUAUUUCUUAUACGGAAAGAACCCUAAAGAUGUCCAUAUCAGUUUCGAUUGUUGCGGACUUUUGUCUGAGACUCACGAUGAUUUGUUUUCAAAGCAAUUUGGUCACGAUUCAAAUAGUGGAAUCACCUUUGACAGCGUCUUGAUGUAUGCUCGAUUUCCGGUCGUCCGUGUUAAGCGCAGUGGAAGACUAGCGCCAGUCCAACGCGCACGAGGGCGACAGGACAUGGAGUUUUUUGCCGGGUGGCUGAAGCGGAAGGGUGUUGAGCGUAUCCUCACUCUCCAGGUUCAAGAAGACAAUCAAGAUCCUCAUAGCGAUGAGUCAAUCCAGAGUGUUCUGCGAAACUUCACUGUCGAACAUCUUGACUGGCAAAAACCAGAUCUGGACCCGUUGACCAUCUGUGAAAGAGCCGAUAUUAGUAAGGUUGAUCAAGAUGCCUGGAAGCUUGCCAAUGCCGAUACAUUGAUCAAGCCGAGAAAAGACUUGAGACAGUUGACUUUGAAAUGGAGUGGUAGCAAUGCUGCACUCAGAGCUUGGAGCGAGGCCGGAGGCUUACCACAAUUAUUGGAACUCAGAAAGAUUGACCUUCAUAUCCCGGCUGUACUAGAGCUACCUGAUCAUCCAGAUUGGAUAAACCGAAACUUGGAUCUGUUCCAAGUUCGUCUCACCCAGGGCUACAUGGCGAACCAUCCACCCAAGUCAGAUGACGAAACGAAAGAGCCGAGGAGACCUAAUUAUCGAGGGAUCGAAGUGAUCCAAAGUUGGGAUGACAGGAAGUUCGAAAACUCCACAGCUCGCAAGGUCGUAACCAAGUCAAUUGGUAUGCCUGAUGCUGCCGACGAGCAUGAAUGGAUCAAACAAAUGGAGAAGUUCUCGAAGCCAAUGAGUGAACUUUGGAAAGAAACUUUGAAAGAAUCCAUCAAUCCACUAAAUUCGUCUCCGGAAGAUGCAAGACUUAUUUCUACCACCGACAGUCAGAUCUUGUCUACUCUUCGAAAGGAUGUCAUAGUAGCGCUCAUCGAUGAUGGAGUCGAUACUCUUGAUCCGGCUUUCUCCAACCAAUUCGUCGAAGGAAAGACCUUUGACUAUCAGGGCGAUGAUGGUUUAGGCCAGUACUACGUCUCAGCAAACGGCCAUGGCACCGACAUGGCCAGGAUGAUAUUGAAGGUUUGUCCCAUGGCGAGGAUUUACUCGAUAAAAUUAAAGACACAACCUAGUAAGGGUGGACAACAUUUGACCAUCGACGAAUCAUCAAUUGCACCUGCAAUUGAAGCCGCUUUAGAAAAGAAAGCAGAUGUCAUCUCCAUGUCGUGGACAAUCCCAAUCCCAGAGACAGGGACUGAAAACCAGAAACGAAUUGACAAAGUACUCAAGCUAGCAUGUUCAAAAGACGUCGUCAUGUUCUGCUCCUCGCCAGACCAAAGGACUCAGACCAAGCAUUAUCCUUCUCAUUACAACCGUGACAAGAUAUUUCUAAUCGGAGCUGCUGAUGAUAGCGGCACCGCUUUCAACCAUGCCGGACUAGACAACGACUUUAUCUUCCCUGGAGUCAAUGUCAACACAGGCAGCAACCACAGCCGAUCCUACUCAACCGAUCCAACAUCAGGCGUUCAGGUAGCGACAGGUUCAAGCAUCGCCACAGCUCUGGCAGCUGGCCUAGCAGCAAUGGUGACAUACUGUUUCAAGACCAGUGCACUUGCUGCCGUCACAACGAGAAUAGCACAGGGUAGACCCCCUACCGCAAGUGGUACUGAACUAGUGAAACCGCAAGACGUGGAUAGAAUUGCGCACCAUGAUGGGUUGAAGAAGGUUUUUGACAGGAUCGGCACAAUGGAUGGUGGAAAGUUUAUUGCGGUUUGGCGCAUAUUCAGGCCUGCCACUGAAUGCUUGACUGAUGGAAAACUAACUUAUGAGCAAAAGGUUACUCAUAUAAUGGAGCUUUGCAGAGACUUGAUGGACCGCAUGGAUCGAUAG